GAGACGGACACGCCGCAAGACUUGGCAGCCAGAGUGUUGGAACAAGAGCACGCACUGUAUGUGAAAGCUGUGGCUGCUCUCUGCGAAGAAAGGAUUGAAUGGAGUGGCGAUGGAGUCCCUCGCAUGCGCGGAAAAUAACCAGCUUAACUGGGAGGCCAAUUACGAAUUCGUGAAAGUUUUCCCUCUCGACUACAAAAGAGCUCUCAACGAGGAGAAGGACAAGAAAAGAGCGGCAGAGGAGGAGGAAGCGCGACUGGCCGCUGUGGAUGCUUUCCAGGAAAUGAAGAAAAUGGCUGAAGCAGCUACCAACGGAGGAGCGGCUGCAGUAGUCGCGACUCAAGCCCAAGCGCGGCCAACAAGAAUUCCGGACGCAGUGAAACAUCGGGAUUUAUCUCGUAUGAACGAGAAACACUUCCAUAUCACCCGGCCCAUUGGAACGAGGUCCUUGCGAUGACCUCCUUAAAACCCAGUCCGCGCGGCACUCCAUUAGAACUGCAACCAGAUUCCGGAAUGGAACGAGCUUGUUCACCAAG